GAAGUCGACUUGUAGAUCUCUACAGAGAAAAAAAGAAAAAAACAAACCUAUAGAAAUCAACUCCAAAAAUAACGUAGCAUAAUAAAGAAACAUCGCAAAAAUAAGAAUUUAACCUCUUCCCCCCGAAAGAGAAACAAGUACUACUAAUAAGGAUACAUCAUAAAUUGCAAAUCACUACUUAAUAAUGGCCAAGAAAACAUACGAUCUUUUGUUUAAACUGUUGCUAAUCGGCGAUUCAGGUGUUGGAAAAACUUGUAUACUGUUCCGAUUCUCUGACGAUGCGUUCACCUCCACAUUUAUAUCGACCAUUGGAAUUGAUUUUAAAAUAAAAACCGUUGAACUCAGGGGCAAAAAAAUCAAAUUGCAAAUAUGGGAUACUGCGGGACAGGAACGUUUCCAUACCAUCACUACAUCAUAUUAUCGAGGCGCAAUGGGCAUAAUGUUAGUAUAUGAUAUAACGAAUGAAAAGAGUUUUGAAAACAUAGUCAAAUGGCUAAGAAAUAUAGACGAGCAUGCAAAUGAGGACGUGGAAAAAAUGAUUUUGGGCAACAAAUGCGAUAUGACAGAUAAACGUGUUGUUAGUAAAGAACGCGGAGAAGCGAUUGCCCGAGAGCAUGGUAUACGUUUCAAGGAAACAUCAGCCAAAUCAAAUAUCAACAUUGAAAGUGCAUUCUGCGAACUAGCCGAAGCAAUUCUGGACAAAACAGCCGGACGAGAAUCUGCCGAGAAUCCCGAGAGAGUGGUAAUUGAUCGCAGGAACAAUGAAAAAGCCCCAGCCUAUAAGAGCUGUUGUUCUUAAAAACAAACGUUUGGUUACUGUUUUGCUGCUGCUGUCCCAAUGCCAAUACUACUGCUGCUUCGAAUGACUUUGCUCCAAUUGUUAUAUAAAGUGUGUGCGUACCGUUUGGCAGUUGGCACAGUUGAAACAAACCAAAUAAAGACACUCUUCUUGCUAACAACAACUUUUACUACCAACAAACCAAGUAUUUGAUAAGCGACGACGAUGAUAAUGAUGAUCUGCAUACAAAAACAAACCACUGCUACUAUGGCACAUUACAAAAACAAAACAAAAAAUUAAUACAAAACCACAAGAAAUCAACCAACAAAUCAUUCGUCAUUACAUACUUAACACUAUCCCUACGAACAUAAAAGUAAUUAAGAGAAAUAUGCAUAAUUUAUAUACACCAAUUUUUAGUUAAAAUACAAAAUUGCUUUUAUAAGAAAGAAAAAACAACAAAAAACAACAACACACUAAA